AAAAAGCCAGAGCCCGGCCCCAAACCGGGCACGGAGCGAUGCGCACCGGGCACCCCAACGGCACCGCAGCUGCCCCGAGCCCAGGGGAGCGCCCACGGUGCCGUGCUGCGCCGCGCAUCGCUCCCCUUCCCGUUGUCUCCGGCCGCAGACCCUGCAGUGAUCUCCCCUCAGGACCCCACGCUGCUCAUCGGUUCCUCCCUGACCGCCACCUGCACCGUCAGCGCCGACCUCCGCCUGCGCGCGCAGGACCUGUACUGGACGCUGAACGGCCGCCGUCUGCCUGCUGCCUCCUACACCACCCUCGGCCCCACCACGCUCAGCGUGGCCCUCGCCCGCCUCAACGGCUCCCGGCAGCAGUCGGGGGACAACCUGGUGUGCCACAGCCGCGACGGCGGCAUCCUGGCCGGCUCCUGCCUCUAUGUUGGAUUACCCCCAGAAAAACCGGUCAACAUCUCCUGCUGGUCCAAGAACAUGAAGGACCUCACCUGCACGUGGGCCCCGGGGACGGAGGGGGAGACCUUCCUGCACACCAACUACACGCUCAAGUACAAGCUCCGGUGGUACGGCCGUGACAACACGUGCCAGGAAUACCACACGGCCGGGCCCUACUCCUGCCACAUCCCCAAGGACCUGGCCCUCUUCACGCCCUAUGAGAUCUGGGUGGAGGCCUCCAACCGGCUGGGGGUGGCCGUGUCUGACGUCGUCAUGUUGGACAUCCUCGAUGUGGUCACCACCGACCCGCCAUCCGACGUGCACGUCAGCCGAGUGGGUGACCUGGAGGACCAGCUGAGCGUGCGCUGGAGCUCCCCGCCGGCGCUGAAGGAUUUCCUCUUCCAAGCCAAGUACCAGAUCCAGUACCGCGUGGAGGACAGCUCGGAGUGGAAGGUGGUGGAUGAUGUGGGCAACCAGACCUCGUGCCGCCUGGCAGGGCUGCGCCCCGGCACCGUCUACUUCGUCCAGGUGCGCUGCAACCCCUUCGGCAUCUACGGCUCCAAGAAGGCCGGCAUCUGGAGCGACUGGAGCAACCCCACGGCCGCCUCCACGCCGCGCAGCGAGCGCACGGCGGGGGGCUGCGACCCCAAGGGAGGCGAGCAGAACACGACGCUGCGGCGGGAGCUGAAGCAGUUCUUUGGGUGGGUGAAGAAGCACUCCUACGGCUGCUCCAACCUCAGCAUCAAGCUGUACGACCAGUGGCGCGUGUGGCUGCAGAAAUCCCACAAAACACGCAACCAGGUUCUACCCGGCGAUAAGUUGUAGCCCCCGCAGGGCUGAGCGCCGGCAGCACCGCACCGGGUGCCCAAAGCCCCCCCGGGGCCGCCCGCCCCGUCCCUGCCACCACAGUGCGCUGGGGGGGGGCUCAGCAGUGGCCGGAUCUCGGCGCGGCCCUGCAACCCG